AUGUUCCUCCUGCUCCCCUUUGACAGCCUGGUUGUUAACUUGCUGGGAAUCUCCCUGACCGUCCUCUUCACACUGCUUCUGGUUUUCAUCAUUGUGCCAGCCAUUUUUGGGGUCUCCUUUGGCAUCCGCAGGAUUUACAUGAAAACACUCUUAAAGAUUUUCCGGUGGGCGACGCUGAGGAUAGAGCGUGGCGCCAAGGAGAAGAACCACCCACUGUACAAGCCCUAUGUAAAUGGUAUCAUUGCAAAGGAGCCCACGUCCCUGGAGGAGGAGAUCAAAGAGAUCCGCCGGAGCGGCAGCAGCAAAGCCCUGGACACACCUGAGUUCGAGCUCUCUGACAUCUUCUACUUCUGCCGCAAGGGCAUCGAGACCAUCAUGGACGACGAGGUGACCAAGCGGUUCUCAGCUGAGGAGCUGGAGUCUUGGAACUUGCUUAGCCGGACCAACUACAACUUCCAGUACAUCAGCCUGCGCCUCACUGUGCUGUGGGGGCUGGGUGUGCUCAUCCGGUACUGCUUCCUGCUGCCACUCAGGAUUGCCCUGGCCUUCACAGGCAUCAGCUUGUUGGUGGUUGGCACCACAGUGGUGGGAUAUUUGCCCAAUGGAAGGUGGAAGGAGUUCCUGAGCAAGCACGUUCACCUGAUGUGUUACCGGAUCUGCGUGCGUGCCCUCACCGCCAUCAUCACCUACCAUGACCAGGAAAACAGACCCCAAAAUGGAGGCAUCUGUGUGGCUAAUCACACCUCCCCCAUUGACGUGAUCAUCCUGGCCAGCGAUGGCUACUACGCUAUGGUGGGUCAGAUCCACGGGGGGCUCAUGGGUGUGAUCCAGAGGGCCGUGAUGAAGGCGUGUCCCCAUGUCUGGUUCGAACGCUCUGAGGUCAAAGAUCGCCACCUCGUUGCCAAAAGGCUGACAGAGCACGUCCAGGACAAGAGCAAACUGCCCAUCCUCAUCUUCCCGGAAGGCACCUGCAUCAACAACACGUCUGUGAUGAUGUUCAAGAAGGGAAGCUUUGAAAUUGGAGCCACAGUCUACCCGGUAGCCAUCAAGUAUGACCCGCAGUUCGGAGAUGCCUUUUGGAACAGCAGCAAGUAUGGAAUGGUGACCUACCUGCUGAGGAUGAUGACCAGCUGGGCCAUCGUCUGCAGCGUCUGGUACCUGCCCCCCAUGACCAGGCAGCCUGAAGAGGAUGCUGUCCAGUUUGCCAACCGGGUGAAGUCAGCAAUUGCCAGGCAGGGAGGCCUUGUGGAUCUACUGUGGGACGGGGGCCUGAAAAGGGAGAAAGUGAAGGACACGUUCAAGGAGGAGCAGCAGAAACUCUACAGCAAGACGAUCGUUGGCAACCAUGAGGACCGGAGCCGCUCCUGAGCUCUCUGCCUGCACGCUGUCCCCGGGCCCAUCCGGAGUGCUCUGCCUCCAGUGCUGCCCCGGGCCCCUCUGGAGCCACGUUGUAUCCUGGGCCUCAGGCUGCUCCAGAGCUGCUCAGCCCACUCUCCAUCCUCUGGCUCUGCCCCAGAGACACUUCGCUGCCUGGAGCCUGCAGGCCCUGAGUGGCUGCUGGCAAAGAUGCCUUCUUGUUACUGUUACAGCUCAGCCCGUUGCAGGGCCAGCAUUAAAUGGAACACUGACAGCUGUGCCGUGGUCUGCGGGUCCAGUGGGAGGGGCUGAGGGUGCAAGUGGGUCAGUGCCAGGCUACUGCCAGCAGCUAGGAGAGGGGUCCCUGCUGCCACAGAUGCCUCAACAGCAGGAAGGGACCUUGUAGGCCUGACUUCUGAAUGGCACCUCAGAGCUGCGCAGCUUGGGCACAUUGCAUUGCCCUGUGCCCAGAUGGCUGCGGUGUAGGGGUUCCCUCCCCCAGUGCAGCAAUCCCCUAUGGCCCUGGAUGUGUCAGCCCCCCAAGCUCUAACCUUUCUGGGGGAAGCCAGGGGAUAGAGGGACCCACCUGCACUCAGAGCUGCUAUACCGAUACGUGCGCACCCCCCACCUCAGCUUCUUCCCUGGAUGGUGGGGUGGGGACCAUGUGGGGCAGGGAAGAAAGACGCUGUGGCAAGAGGGCCCUGCUGGUGACGCUUGGCCCUGUGUCAGCAUCAGGCCUUGUGGGGAGAGGAGUUCUGCGCAGACACACAUGAAGCUGAAAGCUCAUGAGUGCAACCUUUGGCACACAGGCUGCUUGUGUAAUGUCAAAUUACUGCCAGUCUCCUGUGUCCCUAGUGACUUCCAGCCCCAGGAUUGCACCCUGCACUGCCUUCUUUUAGCCCCACACAUGCAAUCAACUCUGGGGUAGAGGGCAUCAGCCAUUUCACAGCCCACAGCACCACAAGGAAAGCCUGUGCAUGGCAGGACCACCUCUAAGGUGAGAGGAGAGUUCAGUCUCCAGGGUCCCCCGGUGGAGCCUGACAGGGGCUGAGUGCAGCUUGUGCAUUUGCCUCUGGCAUUCCCUGGAACCACCAGCCUCCCAAUCGCUGUCUGAGCAGAGUGCUGUGGGCAUGGCUGCCCAGCGCAUGGAGCCGUCCUGCUGCAGCCCUUUCUCCUCGGCUCUGUGCUGUGCAUCCUCCAAGCUACAGUGAGUGCAAAGUCUAGCACUGGCUCCUGCUUUCCUGACUGCAGGGGGGCUAUCACCUGACUUAACGGGGAGGGAGUCAGGGAAGGCUGGGCCAGGCAUGGGUUGGAGAGCAGCAGCCAGGGAACGGGACAGUAGCUGGAUUUGGAAUGGAGGUGAAAAGUGAUGGGCUGCUCUCCCUGGCCACUGGGCAGCCAGUCCCCCUCUACCCUGGCUCUGCUGCCUAAUCGGGGGACUGGCUGGCUGGAUUUCUGUGGCUAAUUCCUCGGCCAUGUGCUUUGAAUAUGUUCCCUGAUGGGAUGAGGCUGCUGGCGAUUAUGAGGUGGAAGUUAGGUGUCCAGAAGUGCUGAUUCAGCUGCAGUGGGCCAGUGGGUGCUCACGGGAUCAGCACACGGGUGGCCUGGGGAAGGCUGGCAGUGCAGCUUAGGAGGGGGGCUGGCAGGCUUGUGCAUCCCCAGAGCCAUGAGCUUAGUCUCUUGGGAGCCUUAGAGCCAUUCCCACCUGCCCA